AUGUACCCAAAUCCCGGACCUCCUGCUGCUUGGACGCCAAAUGCCAAUGGUCAACCGCCGCAGCAACAACCACAACAACCACACCCUCAGCAUCCCCAACAUCCUCAUCAACACCCUCAUCAACAGCAGCAACAUCAACAACCUUUGCAACACCAGCAACAUCCCCCACCUCCACCUUCCACUUCUGCCCUCCACAGCACCAGCAGCAGUGGGCGCAACCGCCUCCAACACAUCCCAACGCCCAGUAUCCUCAACAGCGUCAUCCCACUCAGGUACGUCGAGUCGCACACGCAAGCAGUCUCGCGUGACACUAACCUUUCUCCUGUUCAGAUCCCUCCCAUCAGUCAGGCAUUGCCUCAAGGAGGACCUCCGAACAUGACCACUCUCCAACCUUCUCACCCAGACCACUACCGCUCGCUGCCACCACCUCCAAUGUACGGACAUGCUCCGCCAGGUCACUACCAGCAGCCUCUGCCCUAUCCCCCUCAACCUGCACCUCGCCAAAGAACGGCUAUCGCCUGUCGCUACUGCCGGCGUCGUAAGGUAUGUUUGUCUCAGUAG